AAUUGGUGAUGGAUCUUGAGAAGUUAAGGGCGUAUCCUUGGGGUUUACAUUCGUUUGACUAUCUUGUCGAGUCGAUCACAAACGCAAAAAAGGACUUGAAGAAGACUAAAAGCUACGCCCUUGAUGGUUUCUCAAUUGCACUACAGAUAUGGGCUAUGGAAGCAGUUCCUAAAAUAGGAGGAAUAUUAGGAGUGAAGCUUAACAAGAACUUGGGAGCUUCUCUUAGAUGUUCUAACUGGAAAGGGGCAGCAAAAGUUUCUUAUCAAGAAAUUAUCGAAUUAGAGACAGGAAUGACAGCAGAGGAUAUUGUAUAUCCAUACAUUUCCAUCACAGGAAAUUAUGAUGUAUAUGAGUCAGUGGAUUUCCUGAGGCAAGGUGAGAACAGUGAUGUUGCUUUGAAGAACUUAAACGCUUUGAUAAGAACUGGUUAUGAUUUUUCUGACUUUGAGUGGGAUGCUGUUGAGAGUCCUGAUGUCGAGGAAGAAACGAUAGAUGAGGAUUUAGUAGAAGAUGGCUAUGUGGAAGGUCAAGGUGAGAUACAUACAAAUGACAAGGAAGAGGCGAAUGUCACUGUUGAAGGUAGCCUACUCUCUGGUUUGCAGAGUAAUGAGCAUGAAAUGGCGACAAGUUCAAAGAAGAGAAGGAGUAAGGACGGUGACCACGGUGCACAGACAAGGAAGAUGAAACUGUUAUGUCAAAGAGCUCCAGCCGCACCACAUGGUUUUGAUGAAGAGAUGAAAACAUUCAUCAGAGAAAUGUUUGAAACUUCUUUCAAGCAUUUUGGGCAAGAAGUAAGCAACAAAUUAGGAAAGAUAGAGCUAGAUGUAGCAACACUCAAGAAAGCAGUGAUCACUAUGGAUGAGAAUUCGAAAAAAGACAAGGCACCACCAUUCGGUAAUGGUCAACCAGUGGACGAUAAUUGUCUGUUUCAUGAAUUAUUCACCCGUCCGGGUGAAAUAGACCUUAAUAUGGAUUCGCAAGAUCCAGAUUUUCUGCAAAAAGAAAUGGGACAUCUUUCUCAAAAAUCACAAGCACCGGGUUUUGAUCCAUCACAGGGUAUAUUUUCACAAAACCUCGAGAAACAACAGCGCAAAGACGACAAUGCAGAGUUUAUGGAUUGGAAUGAUAAGGGUGAUUCGGGUAAAUAUGACGCUGACGCGGUGUUGGUAUACUUACCUGAAGCUAGAUGGACUGCUUUUGAAGCAUGGUUUAGGAACGUAAAGUAAGUCCUAUGAUUCUAUUUUUAUAUCUUUUAAAUAUACCUGAUUGUAUAAUUGUUUAUUCUUUUUGUUUUACCUUCAUUACAGUCGUGAUGUUC